GGGACCCCGCGUGGGCUUCCCCCCUCGGAAAGGAGGAAGCUGCUGGGCGCUCCCGUGUUACCUCCUGGCACCGAGGGAUUGAAAUUUAUGUUCUGGCUGGUGAAUUUGUGCCUGGUCGGACCUCGAGAUAACGCAUUUAUUGUGCCGGAUUGCGCGAAGCGCGUGUUUCCAGGGAGACGAGAGCAGAGGCGCGCCUGCUGGGUGCUGCUGCGCCUACUUGCACGGAGGAGGUGGCACCCAGCUGGGUGGGAGAGUGGCAUCGCUGUGGGCAGUGUGGGGCUGGGACAAAAGUCAAAGGAAAGAGAAUAAAAAAUCUGUGUGAGCAGAAGAGAUGCCUGCUUACUGUGGGCGAGGGAGCUCUGGCGCGGGCUGCCCAGGGGCUGUGGAGUCUUCUCGGCGGUCUCCGGAAGCCUGGGCAGCCUGCUCUGUGUGUCCCUGCUGCAGCAGGGGCAGGAAUCACGGGUUGGCAGGUGGUCCUUCGGGUCCUGCCGACCUCAACAACGCCGUGUUUCUGAGAAUCCUAUUUUUUUAGGCUUCCUGCUCUCGUAGAGAGCAACAUAGGGUGGUUGUGCCUUAAAAGCUCAUAUGGGAGGUUGUGCCAUUGUUGUUUGCUCUAUCAUUGUAAACUAAGGCCAGAAUUAUUUUUUUUAAGGAAGUCUAUGAAGGGGAAAGUACUUCUGUUUAUCCAGGCAUUACAUUCUUGAAAAUAGAUCUUCAGCUGUAAAACACAGAGUAGCUUUCGAUAAAUAUUCUGAGCAAUUCAGCUUUAAAUGCAGCUUCCACCUGUAUUGAGGAUACUUGGAGAUUAGUGUAUUGGAUAUAUUUAUGGGCCUUUGCUUAACUUCUUAACCCCCCAAAAAAAGGUUUGAAAUGCACGGCACUGUGUAAAACGGAUUACUGAAAUUACUAGAGUCUUUCUUUUUUUUUUUUUUUGGCCUGACGCCUUUGGGAGAUGAUCUUCUUAUCUUCCUUGCUUGUGGGAAAGAUGUCUCCUGAGGCCCAGAGGAUUCUGAGGUCUUAUUGCUACAGAACAGUGAUGAGUAUUUGGAGCAUCUCCUCUGUUAUCUGAAACAUUUGGGCUGCCCUCAAUGUCAGUAGUACAGAAUAAUUCCAUCAUUGUGAGGAAAAAAUGUAAGUGCUGUUUGACUUACAGUGCAGAAGAGAACUCUUUUGAAAGCAGUACUCUCAAGGGGAUCUGUAUGUCUUAUGAAACAGAAGGCAAAAAUGCUGCAGCAUUUCCCCCGUAUGGAAGAGAACUUUCUAUUUAAAUUGCUGAUUAUAUUAAGUGACUGAAUCAUACUCUCCUUCAAAGCAAACCACAGCAUAACUGAAAAGAAAAAGGAAAAAAAAAAAAAGGAAUAAUGAAAUAAUAAUGCAUUUUACUUAACUCAAAGAGCCUAGCACAUUAAGAAUGCUGUAAGCUACUUCCUAACUCAUCUGGAAUGUUUGGGACCUUAAAAGGAGACCAGAGUAAUUCCAGUACAUUACCCAACAAAGAGCUGAGAUGUCAAAAAAAUAUUUCCAUCUUUAGAAGCCACAACUUUAGAAGGGAGUAGUUUUGGACUACUCAGUUUGUCUACUCAGUGUCAUUGCAGGAACCUGACUCCAGUAUUCCAUGGUCACUACAGCAUCACGGCUGUGUGUCCUUUCUGGCUGGCACACCUACUGCCUGUAUGACAAGAAGUUACCUGUGACACCCUUCAGAUGUCUCCUGGACCGGCUGUGUUUGAACAUGUUAAAAGUUGGGUCGGUGAAACUUCAGCACCAACUGUGCAGUGACAGACGGGACAAAGUUGAUGUGGAUAACACUUUAUAACAGACCGCUCAACCUUCAGACAAUCUCCUAUACUGGUGGCAACUGGAGCAGCCCUGUGAAAUACAGUCACAAUGCCUAAAAAUGAAAAGCCAGCCACCAAUGAAGGAAAUGAUGCCAGUGAGGUCGACAAUGAAGAAGACAGUGCAGCCGAGAAUCAAGAAAAUGACAGAGGAGCAGAUAAAGAGAGGAAGAGAGCAAAACCAAGAACCAGAAGGGGACAUGGAAGAGGAAGAGUCAGGCAUGGUGGUGAGGAGGAUGGAGAUGAUGAAGAUGGAACAAGGAGAGCUGGGCAACGCAGGCAAAGAAACCGGAGAGGACGGAGCCGAGCAGGUGGAAAUGAGGGCAGUGAUUCUGAGGGGGAUCCUACAAAAGCCAGGAAGAACCAGGCAAAUCAAAAAUCAAAGGAAGAUGGUGAAGAAGAGGAAGAUGAAAAAGGGGGUAAGAGUGGGAAAGGCAAAAAUGAGAAGAAACAGGACAAAAAGGCUGAUAAGAAAGGGAAGAAAGAAAAGGCCAACAAGAAGAAAAAGGACAAAAAGAAAUCAGGAUCUGGCUCUGAUUCUGACUCUGAGGAGGAGCCGAUUACUGAGGAGGAAUUGGCCAAACUGAAAGAAGAGGUAGAAGAAAAAAAGAAGCUAAUCGCCACAUUACGAAACAAGCCAUGGAAGAUGAAAAAGAAGUUGUCAGUUCUAAAAGAAGCGCAGCUUUUUGUUGAAAAAUUUGAAGGUGCUCUUGGAAAAGGAAAGGGAAAAAAGUUCUAUGCGUACAAAGUGAUGAUGACCAAGAAAUGGAUGAAAUUCCAAAGAGAUUUUGAGAAUUUUAAGACAGCCUGCAUACCCUGGGAAAUGAAAAUUAAAGAGAUUGAAAGUCACUUUGGGUCAUCGGUAGCAUCUUAUUUCAUAUUCUUACGCUGGAUGUAUGGAAUAAACAUGAUUCUCUUUGGGCUGACGUUUGGACUUGUAAUGGUGCCUGAGGCAUUGAUGGGAAAGCCAUAUGGCUCUUUACCUAGAAAAACUGUUCCAAGAGCUGAAGAAGCUACAGCUAUGAACUUUGCUACCCUUUGGGAUUUUAGUGGCUUUGCACAGUAUUCUGUGCUUUUUUACGGUUAUUACAAUAAUCAGAGGACAAUUGGAUGGCUCAAGUUCAGGAUGCCUCUUUCCUAUUUCCUUGUUGGCGUUGGGACUAUUGGCUACAGCUUUAUGAUUGUCAUUCGAACAAUGGCAAGGAAUGCAAAUGAUGAUGGUGGUGGGGAUGAUACUAGCUUUAAUUUCAGCUGGAAAAUGUUCACAAGCUGGGACUACCUGAUUGGCAAUCCUGAGACAGCAGAUAAUAAGUUUGCUUCCAUCACUACCAGCUUUAAGGAAGCUAUCGUGGAGGAGCAGGAGAGCCGAAAGGAGGAAAAUAUUCACUUGACUCGGUUCCUGAGGGUGCUUGCUAACUUCUUAGCCAUGUGCACACUUGCUGGGAGUGGCUACCUCAUAUUUUUUGUUGUGAGAAGAUCCCAGAAAUUUGCCCUGGAAGGUCUGGAGAACUACGGGUGGUGGGAAAGAAAUGAAGUAAACAUGGUCAUGUCACUUUUGGGAAUGUUCUGUCCAACCUUAUUUGAUGUAAUCAGUUCUCUGGAAAACUACCACCCUCGAAUAGCUCUAAGAUGGCAGCUUGGACGCAUAUUUGCUCUUUUUCUUGGCAAUCUCUACACUUUCAUUAUUGCCCUAAUGGAUGAAAUCAAUCUCAAGUUGGAAGAAGAAAAGAUAGUCAAGUAUAACAUGACAAUAUGGGAAGCCAGUCUGUACAAUGGCACUAUUCCAGAAAAUUCAACUGCUCCUCCAAUACAGGUGGACCCUGCAGAUGUUCCUAGAGGACCAUGUUGGGAAACAAUGGUAGGCCAGGAGUUUGUACGGCUGACAGUCUCUGACACGAUGACAACAUACAUCACAAUUCUAAUUGGUGAUUUCUUGAGAGCUGUCUUUGUUAGGUUUUUCAAUUACUGCUGGUGCUGGGACUUGGAAUAUGGAUUUCCAUCAUAUUCAGAAUUUGAUAUAAGUGGGAAUGUGCUCGGACUGAUAUUUAAUCAAGGCAUGAUCUGGAUGGGGUCUUUUUAUGCUCCAUGUCUCCCAGCAAUCAAUGUGUUCCGACUCCAUACUUCAAUGUACCUGCAGUGCUGGGCAGUGAUGUGCUGCAAUGUUCCCCAGGAGAGAGUCUUCAAAGCCUCCAGAUCAAACAAUUUCUACAUGGCCAUGUUGCUUUUCAUUCUCUUUCUUUCUACACUGCCUGCUGUGUACACCAUUGUCUCCAUUCCACCAUCUUUUGACUGUGGCCCUUUCAGUGGGAAAACAAGAAUGUUUGAAGUCAUAUCAGAAACUCUGGAGCAUGACUUCCCUUCUUGGUUUGGGAAGGUAUUUGGUUAUGCCUCUAACCCUGGACUCAUCCUACCUUUUAUAUUACUGAUGGUCCUGAGUAUUUAUUAUCUUAAUGCUACAUCCAAGUCCUACAAGGAAGCUAACCUGGAACUUAAAAAGAAACUACAAAGUCAAGCAGAAGAAAAUAAAAGAAGAAAUAAACAAAAGGCGCAAAAAUCAAAUGAACAAGAGGAAAAUCCAUUUGAGACAGAGCCACCACAGUCAAAGCAAAAAGAAGGCAAGCAAGAUGAAUCUGCUGCAAAUCAAGAUAACAAGAAAGAACAGAGUGGCAACGAAGCAAAAAAAACAGGUCAGCAACAGGAAGGAAGUUCCUCUCAGGCACCACAGCAUCCAGGCACUGCCCCGAAUGGCCACAAUCCACCACAGGGCAGAGGAAACUUUCUUCCCCCACCCAUUGCUGUGACUCGGCCACCAGGGCCACGAGGGUAUGCGGCACCAGGCUAUCUACCUGGGCACCCACGCUUUCCAGGGGUACAGCCAGGAAUGCCCAGGGGACCUCCCCACUACAGAUAAGGAAGCUGUCUGUCCUUUUCUGGUAUGUUAUAAGAUACAGGACACCAAGGGAGACAGGAGUGAUCUUGACUUGCAAAAAUACUCCUUGAAGUACAGAACUCUGUUCUAUUUAUUAUAAAUCUUCAUCUGCAUAUUCAUGUGCUUCAUUUUUUUGUGGGAUGGAAAUUUCCGGCAGAAAAAAAAAAUGCAUCUGUCUACUUGCUUUUAAAGAUAUUGCAAAAAAUGUGUUAGCUGUGUCAAAAUGUCACAAAACUUAAGGUAUGUAUUGGAAAAUAUUAUUGGGAAAAUAAAAAAUAUUUUGU